AUGUUGUCCGGGAUAUUGCUCUUCAAUCAAAAGGGCGAAUUGCUCAUCCUCCGAGCAUUUCGCCAGGAUAUGCGACCACGCCUCGCCGACGUCUUCCGCAUUCAAGUCAUCAGCAACCCUCAAAUCCGAUCACCAAUCCUCACACUCGGCAGCACGACCUUCAGCCAUAUCAAGAGCGAGAACAUAUACAUCGUAGGAGUAAGCAAGGGUAAUGUCAACAGUGCACUGGUUUUCGAGUUCCUCUACAAGCUGGUCUUAUUGGGAAAGAGCUACUUCGGACGAUUCGACGAUGAGGCCGUCAAGAGCAAUUUCGUCAUGGUCUAUGAGCUCCUGGAUGAGAUCCUCGACUUCGGAUACCCUCAGAAUACCGAGACGGAGACGUUGAAGAUGUACAUCACAACGGAAGGAGUCAAGUCGGAACGUGCGAUGGAGGACAGCAGCAAGAUCACAAUGCAAGCUACGGGAGCUCUUUCAUGGCGGCGGGAUAACAUCAAGUACCGCAAGAACGAAGCUUUUGUGGAUGUCAUUGAGGAUGUCAAUCUGCUCGUCUCGGCUUCUGGGACCGUCCUUCGCGCGGAUGUCAAUGGAGCCAUUGAGAUGCGAGCCUACCUCUCUGGAACACCGGAAUGCAAGUUCGGGCUCAAUGAUGCCCUUACUCUUGCGAGUGGUGCUAAUGGCACCUCUCUCAACACUCUCGGACCGACUGGAAAUCUCAAUGGCAACAAAGCUUCGAAAGCCGCCGCAGGAAGCGUGACCCUCGAAGACGUCUCCCUACACCAAUGCGUCAAGCUCAGCUCUUUCACCACCGACCGCACAGUAUCCUUCAUUCCGCCCGACGGCUCUUUCCAGCUCAUGACAUAUCGCUGCAGCGAGAACAUCAACCUCCCAUUCAAAGUCCACGCCAUUGUCAACGAGAUUGGCAGAGGCAAGGUGGAGUACAGCAUCGCCAUCCGCUCCAACUACGGCGCAAAACUGUUCGCCACAAACGUCAGCAUCCGCAUACCAACACCACUCAACACCGCAUCGACCACCCACCGCACAUCCCAGGGCAAGGCGAAGUACGUUCCUAGUGAGAACGUGAUCGAGUGGAAAAUUGCACGAUUUGCCGGGCAGAGCGAAUUUGUGCUGAGCGCGGAGGCGGAGCUGAGCACCAUGACGACAUUCAAGGCGUGGAGCCGGCCGCCAUUGAGCAUGCAAUUCAGUUUGUUGAUGUUCACGAGUUCGGGACUGCUGGUUCGGUAUCUGAAGGUGUUUGAGAAGAGCAAUUACAGCUCGGUCAAGUGGGUUAGGUACAUGACCAGAGCUGGGAGCUAUGAGAUUCGAUUUUGAAGAGGCGGAUGAGAUCACGAAGCCCAGAUUGACGACUCGCUGGACAUGAGAGUCGGCACGAUUGCCAACAGCAUGGAGCCACAUACAGAAUCCUCUCCUACGCCCCAACGCAGCUCAGUCUGGUCUGGACGGCAUCUCUGGACGACCAAGCGACUGUCCUCCCCACGGGUGUUGGACGCUUUGCCAUCACUGCGCACCUCAUUUCGGUUCGCUGCUGUAGGCCAUUUGCGGGCGUUGGUAUUGAUAUCCAGAUCAAGAAGGACCUUGGCGUCAUUCAUCUUGUAUCGACACCAAUCACUAUUACCAG